ACAAAACAAAAGCAAAGUAGUAGAAAAUACUCUCCAAUUCACCUUUUUUCUCACAAACCCUAGCAUCAAAAUUCAUCUCUAUUAAACCUAAAAAAUCUCUUCAUAAUUUGUGGAAGAAUUGCAGAUUUUGCUUGUUCGUUGUGUGUUUCUACAGAUCUCGAUUGGCUUUUAGCUGAAGUUCUCCUGUUCUGCUUAGAUCAUCAUGGCUUCGCUAGACAUGACCCUUGAUGAUAUGAUAAAGAGUAGGAGAAAUAAUGAGAGGGGUGGCAGGGGUCAAGGCAGGGGCCGACGUGGAAGAGGGGCAGGGGGAUCAUUUAGAGGGGGAUCGUUUAGAGGUGGAUCAUUUAGAGGUGGAAGGACAACAGGAGCUCCUCGUAGAAUGCCACUUGGCGUUAAUGCUCAGCCAUCAGCCCACACAAUUGCCAAGUCUUUCCGCAGAACCAAGAAUUUGCCAUGGCAGAAUGGUUUGUUUGAGGAUAGCCUUAGAGCUGCAGGAUUAUCAUCAGUGUUGGAGAGUGGCACAAAAGUAUAUGUCUUCAAUUUGGACAUUGGAGUGACUAAUGAAGAUAUAAGGGAGCUCUUUUCCGAGAUUGGAGAACUAGUACGAUAUGCAAUCCACUAUGACAAAAAUGGACGUCCAAGUGGAGCUGCUGAGGUGGUCUUUGCCAGAAGAAGUGAUGCAUUCCAAGCUCUUAAAAGAUAUAACAAUGUGCAGUUGGAUGGGAAGCCUAUGAAGAUUGAAGUAGUUGGUUCCAACCCAGAAAUUCCUAUGUCAGCUCAUGUAAAUGUAGUUGGAGGAACCAACCGGAGGAGGACUGUUGUCAUGGCGUCGGGUGGCUCAGCUCGUGGAAGAGGAGGCGCUACAUCUUUUACUGGUCGGGGUUUUAGUCAAAGGGGCCGUGGUGGUUUUAGGAAUGCACCUAGGCGUGGUCGGGGUGGCGGUCGUGGUCGAGGUCGGGGCCGCGGUGGUAGGGGAAGUAACAGGGGUGUUGAGAAGUCAGCUGAGGAUCUGGACAAGGAGCUGGAUAGCUACCAUGCCAUAGGUGAACCCAUGCAAUCUUAGUUGUGCUAAACUUGCGACUUAACUAGAAGAGCUGCUCAGUGCUGCUAUGUUUUCCAGUUGUAGUUUCUUACCGUUUAUGAUUGUAUGGAUGAAGCCUAUUAAUACUCUAAUGAAUGAAUGGAAAAUAGUGUGGUUCAUGUUU